GGUGCGGUGUCGGAGUGCAGACCCCUCCCGGCGGGCGGUGCCGGGGGCGGGCGCUCCCCGCCCAGCAGCGGGUGCGGGGGUGGCCCGAGCGGAGCGGAGCGGGGCGCGAUGGGGGCGGCGGCUCGGCCGCAGUGAGCCCGGCGGGCAGCGGCGGCGCCCAUGGCGUUCAGCGCCUGGCAGAUCCUCUCGCCGGUGCAGUGGGCCCGCUGGACCUGGUCGGCGGUGCGGGGCGGGGGCAGCCCCGAGGAGGGAGACGGCGGGGCCGGUGCCGCCGAGGAGGAUGAUGAUGAUGAGGAGGAGGAGGACCAGGACCCGCCGGUGGGGGGCUCGGGCCUCGGCUUCAGCUCGGACUCCACUGAUAAUUUUGAGACCCCUGAAGCAGAAACACCAAGCUGCUCGCCACUCAAGGAGUUCUGCGAGCCACCGGGAUCGCCAGAGUCCGGGACCCAAGAGCCAGGUGACCUGCUGGUAGGGGAAGUCCACCGGGACAGCUCGCCUGGGAAGCACCCCAAAGAUGAGGCUCAAGCAGAGAUUGGAGCCCCUAAAGCCAGUUUGGAUGCUAAAGGGGAAGCUGAGCCCUACAAGUCGCCCCUGAUGCAGCCCCUGGCCGGGCUGGGCUGCAGGGCUGACCCUGGGCAGGCUGCUGUGCCUACUGUGCUGCCAGCCCCCGUGGCCCCUGUGGGCACUGCCACCCGGCCCAUGUCAGGAGGGGACACGGCUGACACCAGCACGGGGCUGCUGGAGCUGGGGGCUGAUGCCCUGGCCCAGGAGCAGCUCGGGAAAGGGAAAACACCUUCACUGGCGAGGAAAACUGAUGAAGCCACCGAGGAGACACAAGCAUCCUACCAGCUUGACGCUGAGCAGCGUGACGGGAGCGUGAACCCCUUCAUUGCUGGAGCCUGCCAGCUGCAGAGCUCUCCCCCUGCAGCCCCACAAUGCCUUCCCCAUCCCGGGGAGCUGGGGGGGCACCUGGCUCUGGAGGCCCCAGGGCAGGUCCUGAAACCUGGGGCUGAUGUUACAGAGGCCAGAGAGAGCAUGGAGGCCAAGCCAGCUUCGCCCAGGAGGGGCAGCAGGAUCCCGGCCAGCAAGCUGACACCAAAGAGACACAGAGAGUCCCCCAGGAAAGCAGCUGAGGAUGCAGAGAGGGGUCCCACAGAGCCACCUCUGCCCCAGGGCUCCUCCCAGCCAGGUCCCCCCUGCUGGGAUAGCCCUGCUCUCAACUCUCUCAGUGGCAGCUCAGCACUGCAAAGUUCGCCGGUUCUCCCCAAGGGUUCUUACCAGUUUGACCCCAAUAACUUUCACUCCAUGGAUCCAUUCAAGCCCACCAAGACGCUUGCCAGCACCAACGCUGACUCUUGCUCCAGUGCAGAUAACAGCCUCAAUGAAAUGCUCGAGUCUCAGACGCUGGAGAUGCAGGAUGAUGCCCUGAAAGGCACAGACUCCCCCAAGAAGCCCAAGUCACGGCUGAUAACGACUACUGAGCAAGUGAAAUUUCUCUGUUUUCUGUUGAGUGGCUGCAAGGUGAAGCAGCACGAGGCGCAGCCCCUGGUCCUGGACAUGGGCGCUCAGGAUGAAGGAGUGCUGAUCUCAGAAAUCCCAGCCAUUACAAAUCGGGAUGGGCGUGCCACUGAUGAGGAGAAGUUGGCCUCCACCAGCUCCAUGCAGAAACCAUCCGGGAUGGAGAAGAAGGCCGAGCCAGAAGAUGACCUGGAGUACUUUGAGUGCUCCAACAUCCCCGUGUCUGCAGCAAAGCACAGACCAGAGGCAGGUUUUGAAAGGGACAUCUGCAAGCAGAUGGAAAAGGGAGGGCCUGGCAUCUUCCCUGACAAUCCCGGGCUGUGCUCCAUGGACAAGUGCCCCAGUGUCAGCAGCAGCGAGAGUUCCCUGGCUGGCAUCUGCCUCAGCGAGUCCGAGAAGGCGGCCGUGCUCACGCUCAUCAGGGAGGAGAUAAUCACCAAGGAGAUGGAGGCCAACGAGUGGAAGAAGAAAUACGAGGAGAGCCGGCAGGAAGUGCUGGAGAUGAGGAAAAUCGUGGCUGAGUAUGAAAAGACCAUUGCCCAGAUGAUAGAGGAUGAGCAGAGGACAAACAUGACAUCUCAGAAGAACCUGCAGCAGCUCACAAUGGAAAAGGACCAGGCUCUGGCAGACCUGAACUCAGUGGAGAGGUCCCUGUCAGAUCUGUUCAGGAGAUAUGAAAACCUGAAGGGCGUCCUGGAAGGAUUUAAGAAGAAUGAAGAAGCUCUGAAGAAAUGUGCUCAAGAUUAUCUAACCCGUGUCAAGCAAGAGGAGCAGCGGUAUCAGGCCCUGAAAGUCCACGCAGAAGAAAAAUUAGACAAAGCCAACGAGGAGAUCGCCCAGGUGCGCGCCAAGGCCCGGGCGGAGAGCGCGGCGCUGCACGCGGGGCUGCGCAAGGAGCAGAUGAAGGUGGAGUCCCUGGAGAGAGCCCUGCAGCAGAAGAACCAGGAGAUCGAGGAGCUGACCAAGAUCUGUGAUGAGCUGAUAGCCAAACUGGGAAAGUCUGACUGAGCCUCAGCACCCCCUGCCCAGCACUCUGCACUUGGCUGCUUUUCCCGUGACGUCGAGCACCUUGCCUUACCCCAGAGUCCCCGCAGGAGCGCUCAGGUGCCCAGCCUGGCUGCCAGGCCUGUGGCUCCUGAGCAGAGCUGCUCCUCUCACUCCCCCUGUCUGCUUCCCACAGCUCUGGGGCUCUGUGGUCAGCCUGGGCCUGUGUGUCCCUCCCAGGGCCUGUGUGUCCCUCUGUGCCAGUGCCACCUCUCAGGCUGGAGGUGACAGCCUGGGCUCUGUCCCCCUCGGUUGGCUGGGUCUAGUUGUGUCCCCACCACACUUUGUCACUUGCUGUCCUCUUGUGCUCAGUGGGGCAGGUCCAGCCCCGUGCUGGGUCCUGCCCUGGGAUGUGGGUGGUGGCAGGGGUGCACUGCUGGGUCCUGCCCUGGGAUGUGGGUGGUGGCAGGGGUGCACUGCUGGGUCCUGCCCUGGGAUGUGGGUGGUGGCAGGGGUGCACUGCUGGGUCCUGCCCUGGGAUGUGGGUGGUGGCAGGGGUGCACUGCUGGGUCCUGCCCUGGGAUGUGGGUGGUGGCAGGGGUGCACUGCUGGGUCCUGCCCUGGGAUGUGGGUGGUGGCAGGGGUGCACUGCUGGCUCUGGCCCUGGGAAGGGGAGCUGGCACUGGGCUCUGCUUGGUGGGUGAAGCACAGCACAGCAUCUCCUGUCCCUGGCUGUGCCAGCCUCAGAGGAAGGGAGCUGACAUCUCUGCAUUUGUGCACUUUAUGAGCAUUUAUGGGCACUUGGGCUCUCUGCUCACUCCUUCCAGACAGGCACGGUGCUGACACAAGGCACGACUUGUUCCCCCCUAGAGCACUGAAACAGUCACAUAACCUGAGUAACUUCAGUCCUCCCAGGGGAGAGUCCGGGUGAGGGUGGGCAGGAGGUUUCUGCACCAAGAGGUGUUUGAGAAGCAGGGGAGAUGUUGGUUCUGGAGAGCAGGGACUGCCUGUCCAUCCUGCCCGUGGCCCUGGUCCCUGCAGGCUUGGGUGACCUCCUGCUGGACAUGGGCAGAGCCAGGGCGUUGCUGUUGGGUGCCUGUGCCGUGGUGAGACCAAGGUUCCAUUUCAGAGGCUGCAGGAGGAGGGAGGUGAACCCUGAGCUGCCUCGUGGCUGCUGCAGUAACUGCAGUGCUGGAGGAUUCUUUGCCUUGAAUGGAUAGGUAUGAAAUAAGGGAAAUAUUUUCAGUUUGGACUGUUUCCUGCCCAGCCUGUUGAACACUUUCACAAACCUUUUUGCUGCUACCUUUUUCUAACAGAAUUGAGGUCUUUUCCUUCUGUUUUCUAAUUCCCUAUGUUGAGCAUGCAGGGUGAACACCUGUUUAAGCCAGAGCCAUACACUUGAUUAUGUUUUAUUAGUUAUAUAAUAUAUAGAGGGUUUAUUCUACACUUUAGCAAAGGUGUCAGCAGCCUGCCCCAGCACGCAGCUCCCCUGCUGUUCCCCCCACUCCCAGUUAUCCCAGUAACAGACUGGUCAUAGAAGCCAGUGGCUGACACCACUCAAAGCAGUGCACGUGUUGCUUGUGCUGGAUAUUCACCCUUUGCACAGUUGACAGAAAAGAAAACCCCUCUUUUCCCCUCUCUCUUUAACCCCUUUGACCUCCCCACAUGUCCCUCUCCUGGGCUGGUGAAAAAGCUUCAUUAGAAUGAUCAAGGAGGAGUAUUUCUGCUGCCCUUGGGGAGUCAGUGCAGGAAAAACCCCUGAGACCCAGAGAUUUCUUGGCCAGAUGGAUUUUUCUCUUCAGGAAGCAGAAUUGCAGCAUUGCAUAACCUCAGAGCUGGUUCAGAGCUCGUUUAGAGCUGGGGCUGGUUCAGAGCUGGUUCAGGGCUGGUUCAGAGCUGGUUCAGGGCUGGUUCAGAGCUGGUUCAGACCUGGUUCAGGGCUGGUUCAGAGCUGGUUUAGAGCUGGUUCAGGGCUGGUUCAGGACUGGUUUAGAGCUGGUUCAGGGCUGGUUCAGGGCUGGUUCAGGGCUGGUUCUGGGCACAGGGGCACUGUCCUGCCCGCAGUGCCGCUGUGCAGCUGGCAGAGCCCAGGUGUGGGAGGGAGGCAGGUCCCAGGUGGGGAUUGUGGCAGCCCUCAGCCUUCUGCUUUGCUCAGGGCCGUGAUGCUCACCUGCUGUCUGAGCUCAGUCUCUCCUUGGGGCGUUGCUCUGGCCCUUGGAGCUGAUGGAUAAUUGCAGAAGUUUAGAUUUCACCACUCUGCACUUCCCCUGGCCCCUGACCUGCACACAGCAGUCACCACUGCAGCUUUCCCUGUGGGCUGUGUGCGAAUCAUGGCUCCUCUGUGAUACCCCACGGGGCACAGGCCAUCCCUCCUGUCCCAGUGUCCCUCCCCAGUGUCACCCGGCCCUGCCGUGCUGCUCCCGGUGCUGUUCCUGUGCCUGUCCGCAUGCACCCCAGUCUGGGCAAAGAAGAUUCCUACGGAAUGAUUUAUUAACUAUAAUAUGGUUAUAGUUACAUAUAUAUAAAUACAUGUAUAAUGGGUAUAGCUAUAUAAAAUAGAAGUUUGCCAACAGGCAGGAUGGUUGUACCUCGUGUGCUGCGCUCAGACGUGCUGAGGUGGUGGUGUCCCCAUGCCUGGUGCAGGGAGUGGUGGGUCCCUGCCCGUGGUGUCACAGCUGGGUGUGUUUGUCGUCUGUUUCUUGCAGUAGACUUUAAAAGCCCCUUCUGGCAGCAGCGGGCCCUGCCCCUGCUGCUGCGUUGCUGUUUGCAGUGUGUGUUUGCCAGCAGAGCUGUCUGUAACCAAGUGCCAACCAUAACCCCCAACUACUGAUCUCUUCCCCCGUCCCUCCACUGUGGCCUCCCCCAGGCAGGAACUUCCUCUGCAUUGACUCCUGCUCCUCUGCUUCCAGCCAUGUGUGUAACUGCCAUCACCAUCGGUUUUAUAUGUAUGACAAUUUCCCUUUUAUAUGUCAGGUAAAUAUUUGUAAGAGUUAUACUCACACAAAUGAGAUUAUUAUAAUGAUUACUAAUAUAUUUUUUCCAUGUUUCAUUGCCUGAGUAAAAACUGUGUUUAUCACUCU